UCGCAGAGUUUGUACACGUAUCCCGAUAACUUUCGGGCCUAUAAAAUCCUCAUCGCCGCUGAGUACAGUGGAGCAAAUAUUUCUCUACCACCUUUCAAGUUUGGAGAGACCAACCAGACUGCUGAAUUUUUGAAGAAAUUUCCUCUUGGCAAGGUAUUCAUAAUAUUUUUUCUUCACAACAAAAAAGUAGUAUUUUUUCCAAAGAUAUUUCAUAGAGUAUAUUUAUUUUGUAAUUUUUGUACAAGCGCAGAGUAUUUUUGUACAGACCCUGUCGAGGCCCAGAGGGGAGGCGAAGAGAGAUACUCUGUCAUGAGGUUCAAACCCCUUAGAUCUUAGACCAUCCCCUUUUUUUUCUUCGUUUACCGUCGAAUGCGUUUCCUGAUGUUGGGUCGGUCGGUCGGAUUGAAAGAAAGAAACCUAAAAAAAAAAAAUCACAAGAAGUCUUGGAAUAGUUGGCCCUGGUACCCCAGGACGACGUUAAAAGUUAACAUUCACAUAUUUGGAUUAACAAAAUGUACAAUAUACUGUGAAAAAUGUUCAUGUUUUUGUUUCUGUUUUUCUCUGUGCUGUUACUAUGCUCAUUUUUCAGAUGAAAAGAAUUAUUUUUUGAAAAUGCCAAAAAUGUGGGUUGGUAGGACGAUGGUAAACGGAGAAAAAAAAAGAGGAUGGCCUUAUCUUUUUGCCUGGUUAGCUCAGUUGGCAGAGCGUCGGUCUGCCGAGCGGGAGGUCGUGUGUUCAAACACCGGCUGGACCAACACUCAGGGUCUUUAAAUAACUGAGAAGAAAGUGCUGCCUUUGUAAUGACAUCUACAAAUGGUAAGACUUUCUAGUCUUCUCGGAUAAGGGGGAAAAACCAUAGGUCCUGUCUCACAGCACUUUCACUGAUUUGUUCUUGUUGGACAUAUAAGAACCCACAUCACUAUUCGAAAAGAGUAAGGGUCGUACACCCCGGUAGUGUGGCGAACCUUUAUGGGUUGUGGGAUUGGGUAGGGAUGGCACCCCGCAUGGGACCUGAGUCCCGUUCGUGCACAUUUUCUCUGGGCAUGCCUGUGUCCAGAAAAGCUGGUAAAUAAAUAAAAUAAAUAAAAUAAAAAUAAUACCUUACAAGUAGCUAGGUCCUCAUUAUCAAUAAUAUUUUCCUGUUAUUAUCAGUUCUCAAAAUAAUUAAAAAAGAGGUUCUUUUGACUGCAUGGUUUUCUUUCACCAGGUCCCAGCAUUUGAGACCAAAGAUGGAAAGUGCAUUUAUGAAAGCAAUGCCAUUGCUUACUAUGGUAUGUUAACAUGUUUGAUCGUAAAGUUGCAUCUUUCUUAUCUUGUGAACAGACUUCUUAUUUGGGGCUUGAAGCAAAUGAAAAUUUUUCUUUAUCACCUUUGGGGGAGAUAGAAGGCACUGGAGUCUGUGAUUGUUCCUUUGAUGCUGCUAAUCCUCUUGAUGCUGGAAAUUGGUGUCGUGGCCUCUUAAACAGAAGACUAGUCAAUGGCAGAUCUUAAGCGUGAUUGGACUAACAGCACUUAAUUAUUUACUAAAAAACUUAAAAAACAACCACUGGUUUACUGGCAAAAUGAUGUUUGAGGAGUGACCACAGAAAUUCCUUGCUUCUGGUGGGAUGAAAUCAGAAGCACUUCCCAGAUCUGGUUAUUGGUGCAUCAUCAGUGUGAAAUUUUGUAGGAAAACUAGUGGUGGCUUUGCAAAAUAUCAGCUGUUUUCUCAGGCUGAAGAAAUCCUAGUUUUUGUACCAUAAUUGUUUACUGGGCAUCCUGGGUAUCAGGUGUACAGAGCUAAAUUUGGGCUCCAUACAAUUUUUCUUAAUUAAACCACAGCCUUGAGUGUUUACUUCAUACAAAGAAUUAGCAUAGUACAUUACGCAGCUUACUUCUUCUUAAUUUGUGUUAGUGUCUAAUGAUGAACUGCGUGGGAAGGCUCCUCUGGAAAUGGCAGAGAUUCAGCAGUAUGUGAACUUUGCCGAUCAAGAACUCUUGCCGGCAGUGGCUACCUGGGUGUUUCCUACUUUGGGUUUGAUGCAAUACAACAAGCAGGUGCGUAAUGUUCUAUUCACGUUAUUUGAAUUUGGCUAUGAUGAUCAUUUUUUAGGGUUUUUUCACACUCUGGGUUUCUGUUACCCUAAAUAGAGGCAUUGACAACCAAGAUGCUAUGCUGUUGUUUUCUGUGGCCUUCUUGGUUCUAAUAUGACAACACUACAUGUACGUUGAAAUAGGUUUGACUUGACACCGUCUUCAAUUUUUCAAAGUCGUGAUUUUAGAAGCCAAUUUCCAUUUCUCUUAGAGGUUUGAAAAUUGGGUUUGUUUCUUGCCAUGUUGAAGACAAAGUGUUUUAUGAACCUAAAUCUUUUCAAAUAAUUUUGCAGUCCACUGAAAAAGCCAUGGAGGAUGUUAAGAAGUGCUUGACAGUCCUGAACAAUGUUUUAUUGACCAAGACUUUUCUUGUUGGUGAGCGAGUAUCUCUUGCUGACAUCUCAGUUGGCUGCAACCUUCUCAUGUUGUACAAGCAGGUUUGUAACAAUACUGAUAUAUGCUUUAACCCUUUAAGCCCCAAUAACCACACCCAAAUUCUCCAAUCUGAUCUCCAUACAUUUCCUUUAAGAAUUAGUUGAGAGAAUUUGACAAAAGAUCAAGGCAUUGUCUCUUUGGUGAUAAUUUUAUUAAUUUCUCAUAACCAUUUCUCUUGACAAUCUAUGGAUAUCCUUAGGAGAAAAUUGAUGUUGAUUGCUAUUGGGAUUUAAAGGGUUGACCCUCAACAUUAGGGAGCUUAAGCAGCGACGUUUUUGAGCGACGCACGUCAACCGGAAGUGAGGUAUUUUCCCUCUUAACAUGCCUUGAUGAUAUAAAAUUUGUAUUCCUUAGCUUCUUUACUGUUAUAGAGGCGAUUUGACUGAAAAUUUGCGCGAAACCACCGUCAAAAAAUGAAAAAAUGCCACUUCCGGUUGACGUGCGUCGCUCAAAAACGUUGUUGCUUAAGCUCCCUAUUAUCAGGUUAUUGUCUGCAUUGAUUUAUAUACCUUUUUGAAAAUUGCAGUGGAAGCUCUCUUAUGGACAUUCUUCUUAAACAGACACUUCUUCUUAAUAUUGCUGCCCUCGACAAAAGAAAUUUUUAUAAGUUGUUGAAUUUCACUUUGCCCCACUUGAACUGACAAACCUGUUAGCCAAAACAGUAAUUUUUCCACGGAAAUGGUGGGAAUUCCUAGCUAUCAUGGCCAGUUGACUUGGACUUGACAUUACUACAUUUACAUUAUUAUAUCAUUACAUUAUCACUUCCUAGUGAAUAACCCGGUUCUGUCUGAGGUCUUUGGAGUCACCGAAGUCAGGGACUCGACAGACAAUAGUAGUAAUAAUAACUCAACAAAAGAGUCAGUCCUCAGAUAAUCGUUAUUUUUCCAUAUUUAUGGACAGUGACAAAGUCAUUGUCAAUAAAAGUGCCAAAAAGGAAUGAGACAAUAAUUAUUAUCCAGCCAUCUUGACCGAAAAAGCUUGGUCAGUAAAGGAUUGCUCACAGAUUCAGACAUGUAAUGAAUGAGUUAUUACAUCUUGUUUUAAUUGUCAGGUGAUGGACCCCACCUUCAGAGCUCCAUUUGCUAAUGUGAACAGAUGGUUCCUUACCAUCAUAAAUCAGCCACAGUUUAAAAAGAUCCUGGGAGAGGUGAAGCUUUGCCAAACUAUGGCUAAAUUUGAUGGUGAGUCUUAGUUAUCUUAUUAAUUCUUACUGUCAAACUCAGAAAACCGUGAACACCUGAAAAAUUUAAGGAAUGUUGGUUGUGUACUGGCCAGUUACAAUAAAAUUCAGGAUAUACAAGCAAACCUCAAAACUACCAACUAAUAUUACUGUUGCUGUUUGCGGCUUAGUUAUCUCGCACCUUACUGGCUUUUUUUGCGCAACACCAUAGCAUUCCAUAAAUAUUUCUGGUGUUCACAGUUUUGUGAGUUUCACAAUAAUAACACCCAAAAGUGUCGCCACCCAAGGCCAGCGUGCAAGAAAAUUCUCAAGUUUCAGCAGUGCAAAUAGCUGCAUACUGUGAAAUAGUUUUUGCGAUUAAGUAUUAAAUCUAAAACAUGUUACAUAAUAAUUAUUUCCUCAGGAAAGAAAUAUGCUGAGUUGCAUCCUAAGAAGGAGGAGAAAAAGGAAAAGAAAGCUAAAGAGGAAAAACCAAAACAAGAAAAAGCCAAGCAGGAAAAACCAAAGAAACAAGAAAAGAAAAAGGAAGAACCAGAAGAGGAAGACGAUACUCCGCCGCCGCCAAAGUUUGUAGACCCUUAUGCUGGUCUGCCAAAGAGGUACAGUUGACUUGUUCAAACUGACUACUAAGGGUGCUCUCCAAAAGUCAGAACUGGCCAGUGGGACCAUAGCCUACGCCGCAGAUGAAACUAAACUCUGGUUAAGUCCAUCUGCGAAACAACUCUAAAAUUCUUCCCAUAGGUUCCCACCUGUCCUGCGUACCAGGAUUUGAGUAUGCGCCAUGAUUGGCCUGUUCGAAAAGGCUUUGUUGAUUUUCAAAUCAAGAUGAAAGGAAAUUCAAAACGUGUUUCCGGUAAUUCGUUGAGUUUGUUGGGGGCCUAGAACAAAGAUAUUGACACUGCGUUGCAGACAUUGCUAACCAAGGUUAAAUUACUUGUGCGAUGCAGGCAUUCAAAACAUCAUUUUCUACUCUAAACAAUACACAACACAAGGUAAAUGCUAUCUGGAAUUAACAACACACUUACUAUGCUAUACACUUAUUAGCACUAAAUACUACACAAAUGCGUGCUACCUGAAAUAACACAUAAAUUCAGGUUUAUCAACAGGUACGCAUGCUAACACCAAACCACUUUCAACCACAGAGAACAGAAAGAUAUAAAACAUGCAAAUGUGGCCAGUAAAAACUUUUGGAAACUGUGCUAGAUUGGGUGUGUGCUCUUUUCUCUACUCCUUCUUUGUAAGGUGAAUGACUGUAAUGCUAGCAAUGUUAGUAAGCAUGUUGUAGUUCAAAUGAACAUCACCAAAAAUUGCAGUUGUGACUUACUGCAUAAGAAUUGUUUAUAGUUUCUCCUGGGACAGCUGUAGUACCCAGGGCCCAGUUGUUCGAAGGCCAAUUAUUAGCACUAACCCAGGGUUAAAUUUAACCCGCGUUUCUUUUUCUUAUGUUCAAAAGCAUUUCCCAGAUAAUCAAAUAAUAUUUUUCCCAGAUAAUCCAAUCAUCAAAUUGUAGACAAAAUGAAUAAAACUGAAUUUGCUUUUUAAACUUUCAUUCACCACUUGCACAUCUCCCAUAAUGCACCUAAUUUGCCCCCAAAAUUUUGCAUAAGCAUUGUUUUCAAUUUCUCUUGGGAUGGCUGUAAUACCCAGGAGAGUUGAAAAACAAAGGUUAUGCAAAAUUUGGGGGAUGAAAGCGGGGGGUUAAAUAAGGUGCAUUAUGGGAGAUGUGCAAGUGGUGAAUAUCUGAAUUCAAUUUCACACCUACACGGGGUUAUCUUAACCCAGCUUUGACAACCUGGCCCUGGAAACAAUGGUUAUGCACAGUUUUGGAGGAUAAACCAGGUGUAUUAUGGCAAUGUGAACAUGGUGAAUUAGCGCCAGAAAUGUUGUGACAAUCUUUACCUCCUUAGCUCUUUCGAUAUGGAUGCCUUCAAGCGAAUGUACUCGAAUAACGACACGGAUGUGUCCGUUCCUUACUUCUGGGAGCAUUUUAACAAAGAAGACUAUUCCAUUUGGUUCGCUGAGUACAUGUACAAAGACGAGCUAUCAUACAUCUUUAAGGCCUGUAACUUAGUGGGUGGAAUGUUUCAGCGACUGGAAAAACUACAAAAGACAGCUUUUGGUAGUGUGUGCAUAUUUGGAAAAGACAAAGCAGAGUCAGUCUCUGGUAUAUGGAUAUUCCGUGGACAGGAGCUGGCCUUCAAUGUAAGUGUUCUUUGUAAUUGAGGGUCAACAGGUGCUUGCUUCUUGCAAAGAGAGUCACGUACUAUUGGUUUGCAAAGCCGGUAAAAUCGUUAGUUAGUGCGAGCACCUGGCAGAGGAGCUGUGAAGCUGCCAUGCUCGUUUCUCUUAUCUUCGCCGCCAAAACUCUCACAAGCACAAAAAUAAAUCUGCCCGCUAUGCAGACCAUGUACUAUAGCCUCCACCCAACAGAAAGCGAGUAUGGGAUAAUCGAAUUUUUUGAAAGGGCUGCUAUUACGUAUCUGCGCCUCCCGUGCCCCUCUCUUGUUGAACCUGAAUGUUUAAAAGCCCGUCGGGCAAGUUAAUAACAAAAAAUCGCUAUCCCGAUAGCAAAAUCCACUAGCCCCGGUUUAUCAGACACGACUUUCUUUGCACGCUGAGUCCUAAGUUUCGCCCCUUACCUGUACAUCAAAUUUGCUGAUUGACAUGAACUGUCUAGAAAAGAAUCGUUGGAUGAAUCACUUCAUGUUACAGAAGGCUUUGGCUUUGGCAGGGCAGAACUACACGUAAAAGUUUAAGGAAAAAAAAGCAUGAAACUUGAUGGAAGAUUUUGCUUUACAAAAACGAAAAAAACAGAAUGGUUACUGUACAAGGAGGUCACAGAAAGAUGUCAACCGCUUUUGUGAAGAAUAUCUGCAAGGAAAAAUUUUCGUUGAUAUCCUUAAACUUCCGAAGAGCAGUUGAUUGUUUUGCAGAUUUGCCUUCUGCUUCUUUAAAUGAUAUCCUCUUCUAUCUGUACUCUCCAUGUCAUACUCACAUUCAUAUCAUUGUUUACAAUUACCAUUACAGUUACAGUAUGUAGGCAUUAGGCCAGAAGUUAGAGUGAUUUUACUUAACCCCUGAAAUAGAUUGCACACUUCUACGCAGUAUCAGACUGUAAUUUCACUUUUUCCUUUUGUUUACUUGUAACUAUUUGGCACUAAUUGUUGGGCACUGUUUCACGAGCUAAGUAAAAUCACUCUACGCUACAACAGAGCCUCGAUGAUUAUUACAACAUAGAGUAGUGGACUGAAUCGUUGUGUGGAAACCAUUUAUUACUAUUAUGAGGGGCUCUGUUUGUGUUGUUGAGAUUUUCUCUUCCAUCGGCCUGCUGCAAUGUACUGUGAGUUAUGUCACGGACCAUUAAUAGUUGUUGCCAUUGUUAUGUCUUCAACCGAUUUCUGUCUUUUUGCUACUCAUUCAGUCACACUUUGAUGCUUAUUUAAAUUGUUUUUUCAGCUUUGGGACAGUUGGAACGUCGAUGCCCCCUCGUACAAGUUUACAAAGCUGGACGUAGACAAUCCCGAAGACAAGAAAAAGAUCUCGGACUACCUGAAGCAAGAGGAAGGAGAUUUGGUGAACCAUGGCUUUAACCAGGGAAAGAUCUUUAAAUAG